AUGGAUAUCCCUGAUAUCCCCGACGACAGACCACACAAGCCGGCAUCGGUGCUCACCUCGCCCACGAUUGUUCUCGAUGAUUGUACUCCAGAAUAUCCCGAGUCGCAAUUCAAAAACAGAACUCAAGAAAGCCUCAAUUUAACAAAUGGCGAACAAACGCUUGAGCAAUGUCCCACUCCACCUAAUGAUUCCAGCGAUCUGCGCUCACAGCCCUCAUUAAAACAACUGCGCCGUAAUUUCAUUGUCAACGAUCCUCAUGAGCUACCUCUGCUACAAGCGACGAAUCCGAAUGAUGGUGCUGAGGAGUUCUACCCGGUCGACGAAAAUGACGAAGACGGCUCCUUUGAUUUGGUCGCUCCGUACGAGGGCGACGGAGCCCCAUUGCACACGCUUGAGCGCCAAGCGGACACUAUGUUUUCACCAGAACACAUGUUAGCUAUUCUCACCAAUCCGCGCUACCUAGCACGGUUUCGAGAGUUUUUGCUUAAAGAGCGGCCGAAGUCAAUCCCCGUAUUAACGUAUUAUCUCAAUGCCAGCAAAGCUUUGAAGGCACUGGAAUACGCCAAUUCGCUGAUCAGACUGUCGGUGCUUCUUCCUCCAGCUGGAAUAGAGGCCGCCAAGCAGCCAGUGGAGCUUACCAUUAACCAUGCCCUUGAGGCUCGUGUGCAGGAUGGGUUGAAUGCCCUCACUGCAGAGGAACUCCCAGCUUUUAUUACAUCUACCUGCAUUAACAUUACCAGCAAGGUCGUGGAAGAGCGCGUUCGGGGAACUCUGCCUGAGAAGUUUCAAGGGACUGCUGAUGCGCUAGCGGAGGUAUUCUGUUUGACAGAUCCGUCGCGGCCAGAUAACCCAAUUAUUUUUGCUUCUGGAGAAUUCCACCGCACUACACAAUACGGCAUGGACUACGUAUUGGGACGGAACUGUCGCUUCUUGCAAGGACCGAAAACCAACCCCAACAGCGUGAGACGCAUCCGAGAAGCAGUGAAGGCUGGUCGGCACCACUCAGAACUUUUCCUCAACUAUCGCCGUGACGGCUCACCAUUCAUGAACCUUCUUCAAUGUGCCCCUCUCUGCGAUAGCCAAGGCAAAGUUCGAUACUUCAUUGGUGCCCAAGUCGAUGUCUCAGGUCUGGCUAUGGAGGGUGCACAGAUGGAGUCGCUACAAGCACUUACAGCACAAAAGGAUAGGAGAGAAGCUGGCGAAGAAGAACCUCAACAGCCAAAAUCCGAGUUUCAAGAACUGGGCGAGUUGUUCAGCCCGCGCGAAUUACAAAACAUCCAUGCCUAUGGCGGCAAUCUGUUCCAGCCCAUCGAAGACAGAGUCAACCCGACAAAUAGCCGCUUAUUCAUACCUGGCAGUCCUGAUUAUGAAGCAGACAAACGCCUCAGCGAGGCCCAGCUACUCGCUCCCUCAGCAGGCCCCAGUGGAUCUUUAACUGGCGUUUAUAAACAUUACCUCCUCGUCCGACCAUACCCAUCCCUUCGCGUCCUCUUCACCUCUCCCUCUCUACAGAUUCCUGGCAUGCUCCAAUCAUCAUUCUUAUCACGAAUUGGAGAUACUGGUGAGAAGAAGGAUAGCAUCGUGCAGGCCAUGAUGGAGGGUCGCAGUGUCACAGCUCGAAUCAAGUGGGUCACCCGCUUUACUGAGAAUGGACGGCACCGCUGGAUCCACUGUACGCCUUUGCUGGCGAAUAAUGGUGGGGUCGGCGUAUGGAUGAUUGUGGUUAUGGAUGAUGAAGAUGAAAACCUUGUGCGGUGGAAGGGGAACUGGCCUACGACCCAGUAA